AUGCUGAUCAAGACACACUUCCACUCCAUCUUGCACUACAACAACCUGUGUGAUCACAUCCUGCAGCUGGCGGAGGCAAAGAAGAAGCAGAGCCGAGAGAAGUACUUGUCAAAGAUUGCAGAGAAGGACAAAAACAAAGGCGACUCUGCAGAAGGGAAGGACGAGGACAAGUCGAGUGAGAAGGAAGGGGAGGAGCAACAGGCACAAACAGAUGAGAAGAAACAAGAUGCUGCUGCUGGAGGUACUGAGGAGGAUGAAGAAGAGGAGGAGGAGGAGGAGGGAGAAGGGAAGUAUCUGGAGGAAGGAGACGAAGAAGGUGAUGGGCAGGAAGAGGAUGAAUUGGGAGAGGAGGAGUACCAGGGUGAUGAAGAGAUGGAAGGAGAUUAUGAGGAAGAUGAAGAGGAAAUCAUGGAAGAUGGUAACAAGGAGGGAGGAGGAGCUGCAGAGGAUACCAAAGGGAAGACUGAGCAGAAAACCCCAUUAUCAACCAAGACCCCAGCUGCCAAGACCCUUCCUAGAGCACCUGUGACCCUGAAGACUGCAGCACAGCCAUCAACAGACACCAAGACACCUCCCAAAGCACCACCACAAAGGCUACACCACAGACAAAACCAGCCCCUAAACCUUCACCCCAGACACCUGCAGCCUCUAAAGCUGCACCCCAGACAACCACAGCCUCUAAAACUGCACCCCAGACAACCACCGCCCCUAAAACUGCACCCCAGACACCUGCAGCCCCUAAAACUGCACCCCAGACAACCACAGCCACUAAAACUGCACCCCAGACAACCACAGCCCCUAAAACUGCACCCCAGACAACCACAGCCACUAAAACUGCACCCCAGACAACCACAGCCCCUAAAACUGCACCCCAGACAACCACAGCCACUAAAACUGCACCCCAGACAACCACAGCCCCUAAAACUGCACCCCAGACAACCACAGCCCCUAAAACUGCACCCCAGACAACCACAGCCCCUAAAACUGCACCCCAGACAACCACAGCCCCUAAAACUGCACCCCAGACAACCACAGCCCCUAAAACUGCACCCCAGACAACCACAGCCACCAAAACUGCACCCCAGACAACCACAGCCACUAAAACAGCACCCCAGACAACCACAGCCCCUAAAACUGCACCCCAGACAACCACAGCCACCAAAACUGCACCCCAGACAACCACAGCCACCAAAACUGCACCCCAGACAACCACAGCCACCAAAACUGCACCCCAGACAACCACAGCCACCAAAACUGCACCCCAGACAACCACAGCCCCUAAAACUGCACCCCAGGCACCUACAGCCACCAAAACUGCACCCCAGACAACCACAGCCACUAAAACUGCACCCCAGACAACCACAGCCCCUAAAACUGCACCCCAGACACCUACAGCCACCAAAACUGCACCCCAGACAACCACAGCCCCUAAAACUGCACCCCAGGCACCUACAGCCACCAAAACUGCACCCCAGACACCCCAGACAGCCACUAAGCCAUCACCCCAGACAACCACAGCCCCUAAACCAUCACCCCAGACAACCACAGCCCCUAAAACUGGAUCCCAGACAACCACAGCCCCAAAAACUACACCCCAGACAACCACAGCCACUAAGCCAUCACCCCAGACAACUGCAGCCACUAAGCCAUCACCCCAGACAACUGCAGCCCCUAAAGCUGCUUCCCAGACAACCACAGCCCCUAAAACUGCACCCCAGACACCCCAGACAGCCACUAAGCCAUCACCCCAGACACCCCAGACAGCCACUAAGCCAUCACCCCAGACAGCCACCAAGCCAUCACCCCAGACACCAGCACCUUCCCCAGCUGCAAAACCUGCACCACAAACGCCCGGGGCAGGGGCCAAAGAGACUCCAUCCAGAGGUAGAGGUGGUGGUGUGAGGGGACGGGGAAGGGGACGAGGACGAGGUGGCAGGUAGUGUGGUAGUCCAUUGAAAUCUGCUGGGGCCAAUGCGAGAGAGAGUGAGGUUGUCACUAAUGUUUUGACAGAGUUGUUUAAAUGGUAUAAUUUUUAAAGUGAGGGAAACAUAUUGAAUGACCAACAUGAUGAAAUUUUGAAAGGAAGCAACUGUGUGUGGAUGAGAGAGAGAGAGAGAGAGAGAGUGGGAGAAGGUUGUGUGACGUUUUGAAAGAAAUCGAGUGUGAGGUGUGAGAUGGAAGGUUUAUUUUCUUUAGGUUACAUUUCUACCCAGGCCAAAGGAUUUGUUUCAUAUAUUCAUGUAUGUAUAUUUAGUUCGACAGUUCAUGUUAGUGAUGCAUCAUACUCGCCAUGUUGAAGUGAAGAGGUUUAUGCUUUCUUGUUGACACUUUUGUUUGUAUUUACUCAUGGACUGCCUCACGGUGAGCCUCUGGAUAGCCAAUAUCUGCAGGCAACGAAAGAUAAAUAUGCAAGUUGGUGUUAUGUGUUUCAUGUGUCAGGGCAUUGAUGGAAGUGUACUGAAUUUCUACAGGAUUUCUUUUAUUACCAAGCAUGAGGACCACCUCUUUCAUUACCAUAACACAUUAUCUUGAUCACACUGGCAUUCAUGGAGAUGUAAGAGUUAGUCUGUCCCUGUAGCAUUCAUCUUGCAUCUCACCAUAUUUCCUGCACAAUAGUAACAUUGUUUUACCAUACAAGUAACAACACAGUAGAAGACGGACAGACAGUGCCUGAUAUUUCCUUUCCCAGCCGUUGACUGUUCUAGGGGUAGAGAACAGGUGCGUUGCUGCUCGGUUAUGGUGUGUGUUCUGAUGUGCUCCUUUGUGCCUGGCCAACACACACACAUUCAUACACACACACACACACACAAAUCUUAUGAAUCAUGCCCAAGUUAUAUGCCUUAUGUUAGAAUAAGCUUUUUACAGUUGUUGAUGUUAUGCUUAAUUCACAACAUCCAUUGUUAGACAUUACAAUGGAAGUUUGUAAUGGCUUACUUUUCUUCAUCACAACUGUCCACACUUUAGCAUAUCAGCAUAUCUGUGUUAACAAGACUUGUGUGUCAACAAGUUGAUUCUCUCCACAGAUGGAAUAUUUGACUCCCAGUUUAAUAUAUAUUUUUUUUUUUUUUUUUUUUUUUUGUCAAUUAAUUCCAUUUAUGUCAGUCAGAUAGAAUUUACAAUUUUCCCCUUCAAAGGUUCUGGUGUACCAAGGAUUCAUUACACAUAUUGUCUUCUCACAUGUCACAGUCUUAAAUAUCUGUUUUUUCCUCCUCAUGGGAAACCUGUUGAGUGAGGACCACUGUGUGCCAGUUUGUUUGCUCACCCAAAUCGAUGAUAUCACAGUUUUCAGAUGUACUUUGAAGAUAAUGUUGCCAUUUCCUUGACUUUACUGGCUGGUUAAUAACCUUAUAGACAUAACUAUCAUUAUGUUCAACUGCAUAUAUCCAUUGAAAUUUAUAAUUGGUUAAUUAAUGACUCCCCCUAAUGGCAGAGGUGUGAGAGAAUGCACUUUCCUGUAGUACAUGUAGUGAGGAUGGUCAGCCUGUCAUAUAAAUUGAUAAUUGAGUGACUGUAGUGAUGAGUUUUGUGUGGUUUUAUAACAUUAUGUGUUUGAUUCCUGGAAGAAGAGAUUGUGCUCAUUUCAUUUCAGAAUUAGAUACUGGUUCCUUGCAGCAAGCUCAAUUAGUUUUGGAAAAAAAUUAUCAAUACUAAAUAUUUCAACAUAGGAGUUUUUGUCCCAUGGUAAACCAUUUGUGUUGUGAAAGUACAAUAAAUUACACUUAGAAAUAUGAUUGUUAUCAGUGUUUGAUGUGGUAACAAUCCUCUGCUUUGUUUCUCAGCAUUCUCAUUAUUGGCUGUCAUGUGGAGCCUUGUUACAGCCACUCUAUCACUUGGCGCCUGGCUGUUGAUGGAUUGGUUGGGGCAGGGUUAGAUCUAAGCCACAGUGGACUUUUGCCUCACCUUACUGAGAUAAGAGACAAGCUGAGGGUCACCGCUGUCUUAUGCACUUCACUCUGAGCCAGGAAACACCAGUGGUGCUGUAUGAUCUUGUGGCCCCUCCACUAAAUGAAUCAGGCUAUUAACAACAGUAAUGAGGUAUUUGGGUGCACCACUUUUCAUUCAAAGUUGUAAUCGAAUAUCAUCAAAGCCUUCUGGAGCUUGUAACAUCAUUACUUGGCCAAGGUGGCAUUGUUGAGCUUGUGGGAUUACCGAGUCAUUUUUGUAGGUACUCAUUGAUGUGAUGUCUUUUGCAUGGCACAUGCCUGGUCUGUGAUUCCAGCAUCCAGGCGCAACAAAAUAAAGGCAAUGUCCGUA